CGUGCACGCCGCCCACGUCCUAUCCACACUCCCCGAUCGACUUCACAGCUCACACCGCGCUCGAAGCUCCACCACCGCGAGACCUCGCGCUCCGACUACCCAUGGCCGCUGCAACCAUCUCCCUCUGCGGCUCGCGCUGCCUGAGCACGAGCUCGAAACCCGAACCGCGCCUCACCACUCGAGCAGCCGCCCCGCUGCACUCGCGGCCGUCGUCGGCGCACCGGAGGCUGGUGGUCGUGGCCGCGACGGAGUCGUCCGGCGAGAAGACGGACGAGAAGGUCCCCUCCUGGGCCCGGAAGGGCUCCGACGAGGCGCCUCCGUGGGCGCGCAACGAAGGCGGGGCCUCCGGCCAGGACGCCGGCGGCGCCGUCGAGGUCCCGUUCUACGCGUACCUGCUCGCGUCCGCCGUGACGGCCAUCGCCGCAAUCGGGUCGAUCUUCGAGUACACGAACGGGCGGCCGGUGUUCGGCGUCGUGGGCACCGACAGCCCCCUCUACGCGCCGAUCCUGGGAUUCUUCGCCGUCACCGGCAUCCCGACAUCAGGGUAUCUGUGGUACAAGGCCGUGCAGACGGCGAACAAGGACGCCGAGGAGCAAGACCGCAGAGACGGCUUCCUCUGAUUCGCUUCCGCGGCAGAGCAAUGAAAAUACUACUGAACCCUGAACAUGUGUUAUAUUCUUGUUUGUAAUUGUGGUGCGGUAAACUGCUGAUCGAGAAGACGGUUUUUCAUGCAUUGUAGAGGAGGUCAGGUGAACGAUUGCAUGUGUUCCAUCAGUUUUCCUCCUCUGCCUGACUGCCUCUGCGAAUUCUUAGCACUUCGACGUGGAUUUGGGUACUCUGGAGGCUUGUUAGAGCAUCUCCAACAGCUUACCUAUAUUUUGGGUAAGCAAAGUGGUUUUGGGUGAUGGAGAGAGAAGGUUUUGAGUGUAGCCGGAUGAUAUCUCGCAUGUUGCUGCGGGAAUUUAUGCCAAGGAAAUUACCAUGACAAUGAUACAAAUGUAAGAUAGUAAGUAUAUAGCUAAGUGCGUGGGAAACAUGCAUCAACACAUUCGUAUAGAAGGCAUCUUGCCAACUGA